UUUUGGGGGAGGUUGCGCGCUGACGCGAGCUCUGCUUUCAGACUCCAGCGGAGGGACGGACGGGAUCCAUAAUCACAGCAAUGGGCAGAGUUUGCGGUGUUCAGAAAAGGGGUGGUAAGGCAAACCGAGUCGAGCUGGGGCCAAUGCCUGCUUGGGACGAGCGGCUGGCAUACGAGGAACUCCUUUACUGGGACAGUCUGGUUCACCUCGGCGGGCGCCUUCACCCACAAGACUACAAUAGAUACGAAGAACUGCGCUACUGGUACGACUGUCUGUGUUACGAAGAGGAUCUCCGACUGUAUCAGCAUUACACCGCACCGUUACCCAGACGGGAUCCCCAGGAAGGAACCUCAGAAUCAGAGUCAACCAUGUCUCCUCCCUUUCGGCAGCGCCCCAUCCGCAUCUUCGUGAACGAUGACCGCCACGUCAUGGUGAAGCACUCGGCCGUGUACCCCACUCAGGAGGAGCUGGAGGGGGUGCAGAACAUGGUGUCCCACUCGGAGCGCGCUCUCAAAGCCGUGUCAGACUGGCUGGACGAGCAGGAGAAGGGGCCCCCGAAGACGGCCGAGCCGCAGGAGCAGGGGGAGGCGGGCGCCGAGGAAGAGAAGGAGGGGGACGAGCCCGAGGAGACCCCUGAAGAGAGGGCUGCAGACCAGGCCACCAGGACCCUGCGAGGAGUGAUGAGGGUGGGGCUCGUGGCAAAGGGGCUCCUCUUGAAAGGGGAUUUAGAUUUGGAGCUGGUCCUCCUCUGCAAGGAUAAACCCACCAUCACUUUGCUGAAGAAAGUGGCUGAAAACCUGGCUGUGCAAAUCAAGACCGUCACAGAGGAGAAGUACGAGGUCAUACAGUGCAUCAGAGAAGCCGCCAUCGUCGUCAAGAGUACGAAGGAGCCGGUUCUGACCCUCACCAUUCACCUGACCUCCCCGGUGGUGCGGGAGGAGGCGGAGAAGCAGGCUGCUGGAGAAACGCUAACAGUCAACGAUCCUCCGGAUGUUCUGGACAGGCAGAAAUGCCUUACUGCCUUGGCGUCCCUCCGACACGCCAAGUGGUUUCAGGCCAGGGCAAACGGGCUGAAGUCUUGCGUCAUCGUCAUCCGCAUCCUGAGAGAUCUGUGUUCGAGAGUCCCCACCUGGGCCCCACUCAAAGGAUGGCCCCUGGAGCUGCUGUGUGAGAAGGCGAUUGGAACUGGGAACCGACCAAUGGGGGCAGGGGAAGCUCUUCGCAGAGUUCUAGAGUGCCUCGCUUCAGGAAUCCUGAUGGCAGAUGGUCCUGGCCUCUCUGACCCCUGUGAAAAGGACACCACUGAUGCCAUCAGCCACCUGGACAGGCAGCAGCGGGAGGAUAUCAGCCAGAGUGCUCAGGUGAGCUUUUCUUCCACUGAUGUCAUCCUCCAUUUGACCAGACAGCAGAGGGAGGAAGUGACCCAGAGUGCUCAGCAUGCCUUGAGGUUGGCAGCUUUCGGACAGCUUCACAAAGUGCUAGGAAUGGAUCCUUUGCCUUCCAAGCUGCCCAGAAGACCAAAAACGGACACCCCAAUCGAUUACACUGUUCAAAUCCCCCCCAGCACCACCUACACGCCCCCAAUGAAACGGCCAAUGGAGGAGGAAGACAUGGGAGAUGACAAAAGCCCCAACAAGAAGAAAAAGAAGCUGCAGAAAAAAGCCCCUGAAGAGAAGAUGGAGCCUCCCCAAGCCAUGAACGCCCUGAUGAGGCUGAACCAGCUGAAGCCGGGCCUCCAGUACAAGCUCCUGUCCCAGACCGGCCCUGUGCACGUCCCGGUCUUCACCAUGGCAGUCGAGGUCGAUGGCAAGACCUUCGAAGCAUCCGGACCCUCCAAAAAGACAGCGAAGCUCCACGUGGCUGUCAAGGUUCUACAAGACAUGGGUCUGCCGACGGGGAUAGAGGUGAAAUGUGCCGAUCCUGUUAAAGUGGAUGAGGUGGUGAAUGACGUGGUAAUGAAGCCUGCUUUUGUAGCUCCGGCAGUCGCUGUGGAAGCGGUUGACGCUGGGGCGCAGAAUCCCGAGCUUGGGGACGGCACAGAGAACGCCCGGCAGCAGGGCCCUAUCCUUACCAAGCAUGGGAAGAACCCAGUGAUGGAGCUGAACGAGAAGAGGCGAGGGCUGAAGUACGAGCUGAUCUCAGAGACGGGGGGCAGCCACGACAAGCGCUUCGUCAUGGAGGUUGAGGUGGACGGUGAGAAGUUUCAAGGCGCUGGUUCCAAUAAGAAGGUGGCGAAGGCGUAUGCUGCUCUGGCUGCCCUGGAGAAACUCUUCCCCGAGGGCCCAGCAAUGGACAUGAAGAAGAAGAAGCCCCCUCCAAUGCACAAUGCUGGGUUUGGUUUGAUGGGAGGGUCUCCAACAGACGGCUCCAUGAACCCCCGGGGCCGAGGCAGAGGCCGUGGCCGAGGGAGGGGCAGAGGCUUCAAUAACGCUGGUGGAUACAACCAAGGAGGAUACGGCAGUUACGGUUAUGGAUCCAACGCCAACGCUGGAUACAAUAAUUACUACAAUAACGGCGGGUACUCUGGGGGAGGCGGUGGCGGGGGUGCAGCAGGGGGUCCAGGCCCGGGAGCUGGGGCAGCGCCAGGAGGUGGAGGAGGAGGGUAUGGCUCUUACUAUCAGAACGAUGGGGGCUAUUCGGCUCCACAGGCAAACCCCAAACCAGCAGGCAAGAAGCCUCCCCACCACCAGGCUGCCGGGCUGCCCAAGCAGCCUUUCGUCGCAGCAGGAGGGGCUGCAGCCAGCGGCCCGACGGGAGGGUACCAGGCCCAGCAGGGCUCCUACACCCAGGGGGGACAGUACUCUGGAUACAACCAGGGGGGCAACCCAGGCAAGAAGAACUUCAACCAGGGAGCAGGGGCAGGGGGGUAUGCCAGCUACAGCACCGCGUACCCAAGCCAGGUCACCGGGGGUGGCACGGGAGCAGCCAGUCAGGAUUACAGCUACGAAGGGUAUGGAAGCAACAACUCCUAUGGCAGUGGAGGGGGUUCCUAUCCUCCGAGCACCCCGGGAGCAGGUGGGGGAUAUGGGGGGGCAGCGACGGCAGCAGCAGGGCCCGCUAGUGGAGGGAGCAACUACCAAGGCUACAACGCUCCUCUGAACUACAGCGCCCAGGGUGGAGGCACCCCGAGUUACAGUGCUGGCACCCAGUCCUCGUACUCCAGUCAGGGUGGAUACGGCAGAGGCGAUCAGAGUAUGAAUUACCAGUACCGAUAAACUGAACACAGGUUUCACAGCACCACCCCCCUUUUCUUCUUUUCAAAUGAGCAACAAAUCACACUUUUUUUAAGAACUGCCAUUUCCCUUGCAUUUUCAUUUUUCACACAAUCUCUCGGAUAACCUGACUGCUGUAUAAUCAUGGGAGAUUAAGACAGGGGGGCUUCUUAACUAUUUGAGGCUUGAAGUUCUGUGUUGCAGCAUUUUUGUUGGAUCGUGUGCAGAGUUUUCGUUUUCUUACAUAUUUCAGACCAAAAAGUUCACGCUCGUCUGCAAAUAAACUCAGCAGUUGACCAGAAUCUUUGAACUCGCCUGCCCUGUAGUUGCAACAUUUACAGCUCUGCCUGAGAUUACCACUACAUUUUUAGCUCCCAAGUUCCUACCGUAUGUACAGACUCUGUUAAACCCAUCAUUGGAAGGGAUUCCUUGGGUCCGGUGACUCGUUUCUGAUCUGGUCUCCAUUCAGCAGGUCUGUCGUCUGUUCACUUCUCAUCCAUGGCAGUGUGUAGAAAUGCUUACUGAACCAAUGACAAACUUGACUGAGUUGCGGAGAAGGGGCACAGUUUCCUAAAAUGUAAUAUAAAGGCUUGUUUGUUUUUUAUUUUGUGAACCCCCAGCGUUUAAAGGUUUUCAGAAAGGAGGCUGUAUCUUGCACACAUUUUUGUCAAAGUAUUUGUAAAGAAAAACAAAAAUGGUGUCAUUGUAAUUUUAAGCUAUUUUUUUUGUUUUGUUUACUUUGUUUUAACAAUGACGAGGAUUGUGCUGUG